UCUGACCAAUCACAGGCCGUAACGAGGGACAUGUCCGGGCGGUUGUCAAGACGACGUUGAGGGUCGAUGACGAACGGGGAAUCCCCUACUAGCUAUCGUGACAAGUUUUCGUCAAGUCGACCAGGCUUUUGGUUUAUUGCACGAAAAACUCUUAAAUUAUGCGGAAUUUUUUAUUUCUGGCGAUUCAACAAUAUGGCUAGUAAAUUUUGACUUCAUUUCGGAUCGAAUGAAACAAAGCAAGAGCUGAACUUUGUUUGUAGCUCAUAACGAUAUUUGUAUUAUCCAACAUUUAUUUUACGUCGAAUCAAGCUUCUGAAAAAGUGUGUUUAAUCUGAAACAAGGUCAUUGUUUUCUAUGUGGUUAAAACCAGAUACUUGCAAGGUUUUUGACGACGAGCGUAAAUGAAAGGGAGUAAUUUUUAGACCUUCCAUAGACUAGCACGAUCGAUCUGGUGAAAAUCAAAACAAAAGCGUAGAUUUUGCUUUGUGAUCUAUAGAGCGUAAAAAUCUGACACGUCACCAUGAAAUGCGUUUACCUUUCCAACUUACUAAUUGUCAAUAGCAAUGAUUGGAUAUACCCUCUACAUAACUGUACCCUCUAAUUGUCUGUUCGUGGACGGCAGUUUUAAAUAUAGCCGUGAUACAAUAAUCAUAUUAUUCAAAUGAACUCGAUCCGUUACACUGAGUUAAAUUGAAUUUCAUUCAUGUUUAAAGUGCUUUGUGGUUGUCAAAAUUCACCGCGUCAUCCCCAAACAAAACAUAGCAAUUUAGCUCUAAAUCGUGACAAGAGAUUGUAAAUUGUCUUCUUGGCCGCAAUGAGUGGCAUUUUUGUAAAGUCUGAGGGAUUUUGAAAGCUGACAUUGACCUGUGAAAAUUAUUUGUUUCAAGUGCAAGAGAAAUCAAACUAGUUUGUUAUUAAUGCAACAAUGUUGUUGCAAUAAUUUCGUCAUUUUCCCGAAUUAGGAGACUCCUUGUAUAAUUUGAAUUACCGUAAACGAAAUGGAGCAAUUUCCCAAGAAUAAGUAAAAAAAAAUGGAAAUACUAACAUAACGUAGACAAUAACAUUAAUUCAUUCGUCUCCCUCCUUUUAAUUAUAGCCAUUUUAAGCGAUUUUUCAACAGCGUGAGUCAGCGUUUAACCCGCUCCGGUACCAAAAGGAAUUGAUUGUUCGUAAACAAUUUAUGUAAAAAACUUGAACUUAGUUUUUACCUUAAAAGGUCACGGUUUAGUCUGUUUUAUUCGGCGGGAAAAUUACCAAAAAAUUUUUAAAUAAAAGAUCGUCUUAUGCGUGUUUGUAAGCUUUACAGAUUGUGUGAGGCCUAUAAUUAGAGUUCAUGGAACCUGUUUAGAAUAUGAUUAACUCGGCAGGGUUUUUUUCCUUGAUAGGCUGUCUCUAAAAGUUAUCAUAUGAAUGGAAUCACUUGAAGUGAUCCGUAUUUCACGAAAUAAAUAUUGAAGUAGAAGUGGAAUGAAAAUCCGAGACAGUGAUCAGAGGCGAUUUAAAUGAUGGUCCUUCAAUGUGACACCCGCAAACGCACAUGGCUUGUCAAAUUGCGUGGGUUGAUUCUUUGUUUUGAACGUACUUCGACGGAAGGAAUCAUUUUUCUUGUGUCACUAACGAAACAUAAUCUCGUUCUUGUCGUAGAAGGGAUCGAACUCGAGAUACAAAAUAAGCUUGGUAGCGGAGCUUUUGGCGUGGUCUUCAAGGCAAGAGACUUACUUGCGAGUGAAACUGUCUUUUAUGCAUUGAAAGAUGUAGUGUGUUCGAAUUCGGCUUCAAUUGGCAAAGCAAUCAGCGAAGUGGAAACGCUUCGUCGUGUGAAGCACGAUUUUAUUGUGAAAAUUAUAGCUGCCGACCAGUAUGAAGACUCACGCGGUGGAUUUCACGUGCUGAUCUUAACCGAAUACUGUUCUGGUGGGAAUUUAAACGACAGGCUGUCGCAACCAAGCAGCGAGGAGAAAACUCUUAAAUGGCUUAGCCAAAUAGCGAGUGCGCUGAGCUAUUUGCACUCGCUUCAGAUUGUUCAUCGUGAUGUUAAACCAGACAACGUAAUGCUGACAGACUCAACAAGAGAGGACUUAAAACUUGGUGAUUUUGGUUUAGCGAGAGAGUUUCUUGCGUUGAAAAGAGUAGAAACACUGUCGGCUUCAAACUGUGGGUUGGCGCAAUAUUACAUGCAGUCAGGGACCGGCCCUGCUCAUUGGAUGGCUCCUGAGGUUUUCACAUGUCACUAUACGGAGAAAGCAGACAUCUUUUCCCUCGGUGUUCUGUUCAACGCAAUCCUUGUGCGAGACUUCGCUUACUCGGCUAACGAGAGGCGAUGGUACGGCGCAUUCGUGAAGGUUUCUGGUGGAGUAAAACUUGGCCUCGGGUAUGCGAUGGCAAUACUCGGCCCAGCGGCCAUGA